AUCAGAAGUCACAAAAAUAGGUUUCAUUAAAGGGGUAAUUUACCUUUAUACCCUUUGUUAUAAGAAUAGAAAAAAAAACAUUUCAUUUCAUUCGAUCGCGAAUCGUGUCGUCUCCUCUCGGGAAUCUUCAAACCCUCACCGGCACUGUCGUCUCCGACUCGGGAAUCGUCGUCUCCGGCUCGGGAAUCAUCUUCUCCGACUCGGGAAUCGUCGUCUCCGGCUCGGGAAUCAUCUUCUCCGACUCGGGAAUCGAAGUCUCCGGCUCGGGAAUCAUCUUCUCCGGCUCGCUAAUCGUCUUCUCCGGCUCGCUAAUCAUCUUCUCCGGCUCGAUAAUCAUCUUCUCCGGCUAUCUAAUCAUCAGCGUCACACUCUCUACUCUCAAAAUCGGUAACUUUUUAAAAUUAGGGUUUUUGAAUUAAAAUUUGGGAAGCUUGCGUUUUGAUUUUGAUUUGUGUGUUACUCGUUCUUAUUAACAAGCGAAGCAAAUGAAGACUUUUGUGUUGUUUUGUAUUUGUGUUAUUUCAGGAAAGCCUUCCAGAAAAGUUUGAAAUUUUUUUUUUCCUUGUUUACGCAGGAUAGAAACAAGAUGGGAGAUUCAGUACCUCUAAAACUAGCACUGCCAGAGCUGAAGUAUCCUAUUGGUUCACAGCCAAAAGAAAAGUCAGCAAUCAACCAAUACUCUGGUUCAGAUUAUAUCUCUAUUGUCAAAAGCAUCCUAAAACCAGAUGAGAUGAUAAGAGUCCGAGGAUCAUUUCUGGGACCUGUAAUGAAGCUCAGUGAGAGAGGAUUGAAGUUAUCAGCAAAGAUAGUCUACGCCAUUCUCACUAGAAGCAUCGUUUCUGUCAAGGAGAAUGAAGCCUGGUUCCAUUUCGGUGCGCAGCCAAUGAGGUUCUCUAUAAGAGAAUUUCAUAUGAUGACAGGCUUGAAAUGUAGUGGUGCAUUAGAAGGACCACGAAGGGAAACCGAGAGAUUUAAUUGGGAAUUGCUAAAGGGGCGUAGUCAUAAGUUAAGUGACGUGGUGGACCAGCUCAGAAACACAAGAGAAGAUGCUUCUGAGGAGAGAAUAUGCCUCGCAAUGCUCAUCCUGGUAGAGAGCAUAUUAUUGCGGAAGAGCAAAGGAGGGAGUUUUCCUUUGGAAUAUGCGAAAAAUGCACAGGAUAUGACAUAUCCAUGGGGAAAAGAGGCUUACAUUGUGCUCCUGAAGUCAAUUCAAAACGCUGUCGCGAAUCAUUUGGAGAAUAAAUCCAAAUUUGAGUUGCAAGGUUAUCCUCUAGUAUUCCUUCUUUGGAUACUAGAGUCGAUUCCUUUGCUAAGGAAUAAGUUCAGUAAGUGUGUACCAACAGUUGAGGUUCCUGGGCCGACUUACUUGUGUGAAAAAUACACUGAGAUAGAGAAUCCAUCACUUGAUAGGGUUUUACAGGUUGAAGCUGAUACAAAGCUGAAGGUCCAUUGCAUACUACCUUCUAUUCCUCAUGAUCCAGAAGAUGAUAUCUCCAUUGAAGACAAAUAUAGUGACGAGUUGGAAACAGUGAAAGAUGUAACAAAGAAAGGGUACAAGAUUACAGCCGAUGACUGGGAAAAUAGGUGUGUAGACACAUUUGACACAUUGGAUGCUCUUAUUCAAAUGAUGGCAAAUAAGGAGACUGGCCAAGCUUCUACUCCGAUUGAUGAGGAUUCAGUAAAUGAAAAAGUGAACAGGAUCAUCACGGUAAUGGAGGAGAAUCUGAAGAGCAUGAAGGAUCGAAUGUCAUUACUGGAAGAAGAAAACAUACAUCUUAGAGCUCGUGUGUCAGAGUUGGAAGGAAACAGCAAUGUUUUUCCCACUAACGUGACACAAAAGCGAUCCAGUGGGACACCUUUAUCUCCAAUGUCUCACACGCAACCAUCCAGUGGGACACCUUUAUCUCCAAUGUCUCACACGCAACCAUCGAGUGAGACACCUUUAUCUCCAAUGUCUCAACAGCCUAAUUUGACACAUGAGGAGACAAUGAUUGAAUCAGCUGCAUCUCCAAAGUCUCAACAAAAUGAGGAUUACACGCAAUCAUCGAGUGAGACGCCUUUAUCUCCAAUGUCUCAACAGCCUAAUUUGACAAAUGAGGACACAAUGAAUGAAUCAGAUGAUGAAACUCCUGCCCUUGAUACUCAAGUAUUCUCUCCUAAUCUGACAAAAGAGAAAGAAACAGAAACGUCUACCGGUGAGAGGCCAUCCAAUCCUAAUCAAGAUGGAAAACCAGAUGAUGAGAUUGUGAGAGAGAAAUUAACAAGUGAGUCACCUGCUAGUCAGAGUCAAGUUUUGCAGAAAGAAACAGUAGAAAUGAAUGAGACACCUUCUUCUCCAAUAGCUCCAAAGAGUAUUGAAACUCCCGUUUAUACUCCAAGUCAGACUCAGCAGAUUGAGAGAGAGCCAUCGGAUGACACGCCUGCCCUUGAUACUCAAGUUUUUACUCCUAAUCUGACAAAAGAGAGGGAAACACAAACCUCUACUGAUGAAACGCCACCCAAAACUAAUCAAGGAGAAGGAAAACCAGAUGAUGAGAUUGUGAUUGAGUCACCUGCUGCUCAGACUCAAGUUUUGCAAAAAGAAACACUGGAAAUGAAUGAGACACCUUCUUCUCCAAUAUCUCCAAAGAGUAUUGAGGCUCAAGUUUUUACUCCAAUUCAGAAACAGCAGACGGUAACAGAGGAAACGUAUGAGGCUACACAGCCAUUGACUGAGAUCAUUUCAGCAAACAAUAAAAAGGAGGAUACACAUGCUGUGCAUUACAGACCUUCCUCUCCAUUGUCUUCACUAAUUGCACUAGUUAUUGAAGAAAAUAAGAAUGCUUUGAGUGAGACAGAAACUGCGACCCAAUAUUUUUCUACAAGUGAAGGAGAGCAUUCACAAUCAAGCAGAAAGAAUCAAGCGGAAGAAUAUCUCAAGGAUACUACAGAACCUACUACUGAGCUAGUUUCCACAGAUGUUUCGAAGACACAGCCUCUUACUCCGCAAACACAGCACCUUCAGACAAGUGAGGGAGAUCAAUCCGAUGAGACACCAUCAGAGCAGAAUCAAGCAGAAGAAAAUCUCAAGGAUACUACAGAACCUACUACUGAGCUAGUUUCCACAUAUGUUUCGAAGAUGCCGCCUAUUACUCAGCAAACAGAGCAUCUUCAGACAAGUGCUAUAGAUUUUUCAGAAAAAAACGAGGUUGAAGUAAGCAGGCUUCUAGCUCACUUUCAAAUAGGCGCAGAGGUUGAAUUUUGUCUACUGAUGACGAAAUAUGGUAUCCAGGAAAGGUUGUUGAUCUUAAACUGUGUGAAGGACUAG